CACGAUGUUGCGCGCUGGAUAUUUUCACGGUAUUGUCCACAGUUGUUCACUUAUAUUUGUUAAUUUACCAAACAAACACCAAGAGGAGCGUACACUUCCUAUGGUUAGACGUGUUUUUGCUGGCUUUGUGUUUCUUUUAAGUAACUAACCCAACUUUCCGACAUGGCCACUGCUUUGAGUGAAGAUGUGUUGUUAGUUGUCAGUCACGUUCGUCACAAGAAGAGAGACGGCUCCUUGUAUCUGAUGACUGAAAGAAUAGGCUGGAUGGAAGGAAGUCGCCAAAUGUUUUCUAUUAGCCAUUUAUAUGCGGAUAUUAAAAUGCAAAAGAUCAGCACAGAGGGCAAGGCUAAAGUUCAGCUACAACUAAUACUACAUGAUGGCGGUGCAAACACUUUUCACUUUGCCAAUGCAGAACGUACAAGUGCCUUGAAAGAUAGAAAUGAUGUUAAAGAACUCCUGCAACAGCUACUGCCAAAAUUCAAGACUAAAGCUAAUAAAGAAUUGGAAGAGAAGAAUAGAAUGCUACAGGAAGACCCAGAAUUAUUUCAAUUGUAUAAAGAUCUUGUUAUGAGUGGAGUUAUUUCUGCUGAUGAAUUCUGGGCUAAUAGGACUGUGAAUUCCACAGGUUCCCAGAAUACCCAGCAUCAGGAUGUAGGUGUGUCGGCAGCAUUUCUGGCAGACAUUAAACCACAAACCGAUGGUUGUAAUGGUUUAAGAUAUAAUCUGACAGCUGAUAUUAUAGAAUCUAUAUUCCGUACAUAUCCAGCAGUUAAAAAGAAACAUGCCGAAAAUGUUCCAGAUAAUAUGUCAGAGAGUGAGUUUUGGACAAGAUUUUUCCAGUCCCAUUAUUUUCACAGGGAUCGAAUAAAUGCUGGAAAUAAAGACUUAUUUACAGAUUGUGCUAAGAUUGAUGAGAAAGAAAUGAAGAAAGUUGUGAAUGAAAGAUUGGAUGAUCCAUUGUUAGAUUUAAGUGGUAUGUCAGAUAGCUCAUUUGGUGAGGGUUAUGGUGUUGGUGCUAAAGACAGUAAAUCAUCAGGCAAUAUUAGCAAUACUAAUUUAAUAAAAAGGUUUAAUCAUCAUAAUACCAGGGUACUUGGUGUCUCAGAAAAAGCUGGUACUAGUAUACAAAGUAGCAGCAUUGAAUCACAGCCAAGUACAAGUACAGGCAGCUCUUUGCCAAAUAAAAACAAUUCUCACAUUGCUAAUAACCAAUCCAAUGGUAGGAAUAUAUCGUCAGUGAACUCAAAUACAACUCAGGAUGAAACUGUGCCCUCAAAAAGGAUGAGGAUAAAAGAAGCUAUUGAAUAUGAGGAUUUAGUGCCAGAGACUAGACCUCCUGCUGUGAUGUUGAACUUAGAUAAAGCUGAACGAUACCACCAUGGACCCAUGCCGGUCAGUAAAAUGGACUAUGCAACAACGGAGGAGAUGAUAAAUGCUACUCAAGUCAUCAGGGAAGACAUGGCACAAGCUAAGCCAACCCUCUUUCAGACUAUUCAUGGUAGUGUUGCCAGUAGUGUUGUCAGUGAAUUAUCACCAGGGGGAAGUCUUAUGCAUGGUCUUGGUCAACAACCAUUACAUCAGCUUUAUAGUCAAGACAUUCAAGUCGAGAUGAAAAACAUGUACAGUGCACUCUGUGAGCUUCUGAGGCAUUUCUGGAGCUGUUUCCCGGUCUCUUCAAAAUUCUUGGAAGAGAAGGUGACGAGAAUGAAAAUAAAUCUUGAACGGUUCCAAACAUCCAAGUUGCAACCUUUCAGGGAGAAAUUAGCCAUGCAACAUUUUAAUGUGAAUCUAAUAAACCACAUGGAAGAACUUUUGGAAACUGCUUAUGGAAAGUUCACAUCCUGGCAAGCCAGAAGAAUGGGAUCUAUUGUAAGAUAACCCAAGAUGAAGAUCUUGACUAGAAAAGUUCACACAUACAGUGAAAGUAAUCACUCAGCAUGCUCAAGAUACUUGUAACUUUGAUUGUUGCAAGAAAUCAGUGACUACCAUGGAAACGCACAAAGUGAAUUUACCAUAUAUGGCAAAUCGUGGAUGUGUAGACUCAAUCUUUAUAAGCUCAAUUUCAAGUCAGGGCUAUUUUGUAACUCUGGUAAAUCUAUUGAUACUUGUGUAUUAAUGAAUAAAUGGUCGAAUGAAGAUGCCAUGUUCAAACAUGAAAGUUAUCAGUGCAUAUUAAUAUAUAGCCAUGUCGUGUUAUUAUUGAUAUUAUCUCAUGCUGUUUAUUUACCAUUUAUUACUGAACAAGACGUCAUAAAUUGUACAAUACCUCCAUGCAGCAUCUAAAGAUGAAGCCACAUUUUGAUUGCUCUUAGAUAUCACAAAUAUUCUCAUUGUUUCCGUGAUACCUAAUAGAUGCAGUGGCACAUUGAUAACAAUUAUGUGAUCAGAUUCCAG